AUGAGUGAGAAUACGGUAGAAAUAGAUAUCGGUAAAACACCCGAUGGUGAUGAUGGAGAAGUCAAAUCUGAUGAUGGUGGAAACAAUAAAUACUAUUACGAUGAUAAAUCUGCCAGGAAAAGGGUAAAAAUAACCGUAACUAAACAUAUUGAUAAUCUACCUGGGUAUGUAACGCUCACAUACAGUCCAUAUCAAAGUGGAACCCAGAUUACUAGUAUUAAAGAUAGCAAAUCCCAAACCAAAUUUAACGAUUCCACUAACGACUGUAAGAGUGUAACAGUUUAUUAUUGGUCGGGAGACGAUUAUAGCAAACCGAUAAUAAUUCUAUUAGGACCUGUAAAAAAGUAUUAUAAGACCACUACUAUCAACAAUGAGUGGACUAAUACAAAUAUACAAUCUGGCGGUCUCAUAAAUCUGCUUGAAACCGAAAGUUGCAGAAGGAAUAUAACUCAUGUUAUAGAUAUUUCAAGGAAUAGUGGACCUUACAAUUGUCCAAAUUGUGGUUCCAAGCAGGUUGGAGUAAACAACUAUAGUAUUAAGGAUGAUACUACUGAAUAUUCCUAUUACUACCAUCGUAACCUGACUGGUUAUUUUAUUCGCGGGUUCAAUGAUGGAAAAACAGAGCAGACUGGAUUAACAUUGACUGGCAUAAUAUCCGCUGCGUAUGUAUAUCACAAUCCAAGUGGACCUGAAGGAAUCCCACUUCUUAUGAACUACUCAUCUAAUUGGUUCGAAAGAAAAUCUCUAGAAUCUAAUAGGUGGACUGAAGUCGAAGGAGGUAAUAAACCUGGGAGUAAUAAUGAUGAUCCAAAAAUACUAAAGCUUCUAAAGGCCAAAUUGCCUACUGUUACUAUUGACGUUGGACGAACUGAAAUUCGUGGUGGAAAUCCUGGUACAUAUCAAGAUCCUGAUUCUUCUGGAGGAGUUACCUACACAAUUAAAUUCACAAAAGAAGAAGUAGAUAGUGAUUAUACUACUUUUACCCACUGUAUCAAAGGGAAAACAUAUUUUGUGGCUAGAUAUGUCAAGUACAGUAGUUCUCCCCUACAAGGUAUACCACCCAAUCUAGUCGUUAAAAAUGUAACAGCAUACUACUAUGGUGAUAAUCCCUCAGACGAGAACCUUUUAUUGGUUGAAGUAGAGAAAAGAGGUACCGGUCCUCUAAACUAUGUCUAUUAUAGCAAGAAAGGCAAGGAUUCUAAAUGGACCGACUACCCUAGAUCUGGAACUAAACUAGAGAAUCCUGAGCUCAAGAAAACGCUGGAUGCUCUCAGGAAUGCACACUUCCCUGAGUCACCCACUACUACCAUAAUUGGGUCAUCUGUUGGAACUGGACUAGGUGGAGCGGGGCUGGGUGCUCUUGCCGUAUGGAAAGGGCCUUCUCUACUUGCACGACUAAUCACCCGCAUGUAA